CGCAGUAGCACUUCGAUGUGCCUGCACUAAACGUGAGUGCGUUCAUGUGUGCUGUCGUAGCUACCACGUACAUUGUCACAUGGCUGAUUGGCCUAUAUAACGUCGCGCAUCGCCUGAGAGCAGAGUGCAUCGCUUUCUGCGUGUCCUUGCUUGUCGAUGUUCCCUACCAGUUGGAGCGAUGCUUCCUCAUCCGAGGACGAAGAGAACUGGCCACCUCCAGGCCGAAGGCGGCGUCAUCCUGCGGGAAAUUCCUACGAGACGGCCAGCACAUGUUCGGAUGCUUCACAGUCCUGCAUCUCACGGCUCCUUGGUAGCCCCUGUGGAGUUGAUAUUCAGAAAGAAAGUGCCAAAUUAUCAGGAGGUUUAUUCUCUACCGAUGUAUGUUCGCAAGGUGUUUGGGAAAUGCACAACGAGUGUAGUGUUUCUACCGAAUUCUCUAGUGGGUUCUACUCUCAGCCGCCUACACAAUCGGUUGGUCGGCUUACAGCCUCGUGUCUGCAUUCUUCCAAUCCGGUUGAAAACCCUAAGAAUAACCCAGAUGAACUAACUGCGCGGUUUGGUUACUUCAGUUUGGACGAGAAUCUCCGAUCUGAAGUUCACACGGAGUCCAUAUCCACUCCCCCGAUGCUGCGACGAUUCCUAAAUUCACAUGCGCCAUCUCCGACAGAGUGCUCUUACUCUUGUCCAUCACGGAGCUACGGUCAGUGUACUAAUAACGGUAAAUCAGAGACUUGAAUGCAUAUCACUGUGCUGAUCGUUCGGUUCGCACAGAUGUUGUAUUAUAUGAACAUUAUCUUUAUUUUUAUCUGCCGAUGAUUAUAUGCACCAUAUACACACACUUUUUGAUACAA